AUGGAGGCUUUUAUAGAAAUCUCUUUUGAAAUGUCUUUGAGGAGUAACGUCUGGUCACAAGCCUUCGGCUCCGGCGAGGUGGUGACGUGGGUUUCAGGGGGCAGCGGCGGCCUACGGGCGUGUUCCACGUUUGCGCAGUGGGACAAGGUAGAAAAUGGGCAAUGUGGGAAUGAAGGGGCCUUGGCUGCCCCCGGCGGCCUCCCGCUGUCCCCCGUGCUCAGUCUGCGGCCCUGCUCGCCACCCGCCGCCCUCUUCGGAGCAGCGGUUAACAAGAGCGAAGUGGAAUGCCUGAUCAAGCUCUUCGACGCGCUGGUGGCCAAGUCCAGCAGCCGCUUUGCUGCGGUCGGCUUUGACCGUAACAUGUUCAGAGACACUCUGCACAGCGCGUUUGGCAUGACGGAUGACAUGAUCAUGGACAGAGACUCUUUUGAGGUUUACGACCUGAAUGGUGAUGGAUACAUUUCAAGAGAGGAAAUGUUUCAAAUGCUGAAAAACAGCCUCCUUAAACAACCAUCAGAAGAAGAUCCCGAUGAGGGAAUUAAGGACUUGGUAGACAUAGCACUGAAGAAAAUGGACUAUGAUCGUGAUGGCAAGCUUUCUUUUAUGGACUUUGAAAAAGCAGUCAGAGAUGAAAAUCUUCUCUUAGAAGCCUUUGGACCAUGUUUGCCAGACAUAAAGAGCAGUAUGGUAUUUGAACAGAAAACUUUCCAGGAAACUCGUAAACUGUAG